UAGGGCCGACUUUGUGGAUACUGUAUUUCCUGUCUUUUUCUUUGUUUCUUUUCUAUUCUUUUGUUGGGUUUAAGAAUGAAAACUAGUUUCCCGUGUUUAGGGAAAACUUAUAGUUUGCGAUAAACAACGUUAACCACGUUUUGGAGAGCCUUCCUGAAAGGCCUUAAGGGCAAGAAAAGAAAAAGGUUCAGCACAUAUUUCUGCUGAGCUUUUGGACAGUUUUAAAAAGUAUCCCUGGUACCGCCGGGCGUUCCCACAUCGAUUUCCUGACCUCUCCAUGGCAGAACCUCUCACUGACUGGCCAAUGAUGUGGCCAUUCUCCUGGUCCUUCCCCUGGAUGCGCCCUUUGUUUAUGCGUUGGUUCAACUGGCCCGACAAUGGACACAGUGAGAUGCGCUUGGAAAAGGAUCGCUAUGUCAUUUAUGUGGAUGUGAAGCAUUUCUCCCCUGAUGAGCUGUCUGUCAGCGUUAGUGAUGAUUUCAUCACAAUACACGGCAAACAUGAAGACAGACAGGAUGACCACGGCUAUGUGUCAAGAGAGUUUCUGAGGAAGUACAGGCUUCCUUCUGGUGUGACAUGUGCCGAGGUCACCUCCAGUCUGUCGUGUGAUGGUGUACUGACAAUCACAGCACCUCGGUCAUCUCCUGGGCCGGAGCGCAAUAUUCCUAUUUCCUGUGAAGAUGGAACACAGAAACAGAAAAUGUAGAGCAGAGCCUGACGCACCAGAUGCUGCUUUACUAUUAACCCUUUAUAUUGUCUGUUAUGUUGGCAGUGCCGUACAUAUAUAUAGAGUAGUCAUACAGUUCUACAUGUCUAAAACUGCUGUCUAAUAAAACAGUUCCUAACCCCUAA